AUGUUGUGGUCAGCUCUUUUGGGUUCCUCUCGUGUUAGCCCUCCCCGGGUGGGUGUCAGUCGGCGAGCAUCUGUAGCGGCGGUGGGUUUUCGGUCCGGCGGAGUGACGGCGCUGGGGUCGGUCGGUUGUGAGGCAACCUCGGUCGACGUCGAUAUGUUAAUUCACAGUGAUAUUUGGACUUUAAUUGAACAAGAAGUUACAGCCUUUCAAACAAUUCAAGUUUACGACACUACCGUUGUUAUUAAUGCCCAUGACUUUAUACGAAAUGUUAUUCGAUCGUGCAAUCAUCCUCAACACCAUGGCGGGGAUUAUUUACAAAUGAGAGAAGAUUUUGCGAAAAUCUUGGACAUUUUCAAUCAAUGCAAUAUUCGACCCAUUUUUGUCUUCGGAGGUGCAUUCACCAUGAAGGCAUCUAGGUUACAAGAAAAUGUACGCCUUCUUCAAAAGCGGACCAGCAUUCUAGUCUCCAGUUUGCAGCAUGUUCAUGCCUCGAACCAGGUCUCAAGAAUUGAACACUCCAACGGUUCGUCUUACACCCCCGUUUUUUCAAAAGAGACAUUUGUGGAGAUAUUAAAUGAAAUGGAUUUCCCACAUGUCACUUGUGAUGCUGAUAGCACUUCCGCUUGUGUCGCCCUGGCGGCGUAUCUUCGCUGUCCUCUAGUAGCCAAUUCAAAUGACCUUUUUUUGUUUGAGUUUGAGGAACCGAGUGACCAUCUCAAUUGCUUCGUUUACAUUCCCCUUAGAUUUCUCUCCUCUCAACCAGUCCCUCAAUCUUUAAAUCCACAAUCCCAGUGUCUCGUCGCACAUGCAUUUUCUCCAUCGAACUCUAGUAUUCAUCGCGUACCAUACGUCUUGCGCCCCUUCUUUGCUAUUUUCUUUAAACCACCGAACGGCUCUUAUUUUCCUCUACCGCAUCGAAUCCGCAAUAACCUUGGUAGCCGAGAAACCGCGGAUAAAAUGGAUUCUAUUCGACCUAUGGUCCGGCGCGCAAGGGAACUUGUCAGCUGGUUGGAAUCUAUUGACUCUCUUGCAAGUGCUUUCGAUGAGUCUGUUAAGCAACUGGAGAAGAAUGCAAUUUCCAUGUUUAUGGAGCAACUUGUAGAGAUUACUUUAGCUCUCAAAAUCGACUUGAGGCAGGGUGAGGAUCUUGCGAGGUACCUAUUUCCCGAUGCGAAGCCAAGAGAGCAAUGGCUAAUGUCAUCAACAGAUCUAAUCACAUCUUUGGCUCAACAGCCAUCCCGUUUCAAGCAUAUAAAGCAAUACGUCAGUGCUAAUACUACCGAAAGCUGCACGUCAGAAUGUGAGAUGGCCAAAUUAUUGUCCAAAGUCCCACAUAAAUUUCUUCAGUUGUACCGUUCAAGCUUUCUUUCGCCAGUUAUUUUCACUCGCCUUCUUUCAGGCGUUGUUGUAUUUCCCGUUCUAGGAGAGAAUCCAGCUCUAGAUUCUGUUAUGGAAACUUGCGCAGGCAUUCGCUACCUCCAGUAUUGCUUGGCACUGGAUUUCAUCAGACGCUAUAGGGAGGAUCUUGUGCCUCUGAAUGGGUGUGCAGAAUCCACACUUAUUGAAAUUUCGCGGUCCAUCAAUGGUUUAUUUUAUCGUCGACGCGUGCUUAAGCUAAAGCCUUCGCCUCUCCCGACUGCCAAAGGCUCGGCAACGGUGUGUGCCUCAUAUGUUUACAAAAAUAUUGGCUACCAGAUUAAAUCUGUGGGUAACUGGAUUGAGAUGCUGGCCUUAACUUUGACGUUAUGGCAUGGCAGUCAUCAUUCAGAUGUCAAAUUCAACAUUUUGAACCAAACAACUGCUUUGGCCGUUGCUUUAGUUGCUUGCGCAGUAGAGGCCUCGAAUGGUAGCCUGAAUUUUGGACUUCUAAAUGAUUUGGCUAAUGAUAUGGUUUGCGAUUAUAAAGUGAACGUAGUGCAUGAGAUCAAUGAAAUUCAGUUAGUGUACAUUUCAACUGUCUCUCUUCUGCGACUUGUCAACGUCAUUAGCGUCUGUGAGGAUAUCAACAACGAGGUUUUAAUUUUUCCACAGGGAAGACGUUUCUUUCCCAAUUCUCGCCUUAUUCACAAUUUAGCUGUCACUCUCAAGGGUUCACAAGAUCGUGAAUUGCUUCAUAUUUGGCUAGAACGACUUUUGUCCCCCAUCCAUAACGUUGGAUAUGUGCAGAAAGCUACUGAAAGCAUGAUUCACCUAAUUCGAAUGUUGUGUGAAAUGUGGACUAUGCAGCCAAUCGGGUUAUUGUCACGUUGUGAUUUUCUUCAAUUUCCUGCGUUGGAAAAUCAAUAUGAUGGCGGGAAAAAACAGGGUGAAGCUGCGAAAUCUCCCUUGCAACAGAUGUAUCUAUUUCAUCAUGGUCCUGACUUGCAAAGUGGUCGAAACGCUAUGCAUGUAACUUGUUCCUCAGCUAGACGAACGGAACGAAAUAGAGCAAACGAUAAGACAUCUGGCCAUACUGUAUAUUCUUGCGAGUCUAGCAACAAGGACAUGAAAAACUCUGCCAUCAAGCCAACUGCAGGUGAACCACUUGAAAAAAGAGGAGCUCAGUUGAUGCAGUGUGCUGCUGACGGUUUGCAUAGGAAAUGCGGAAGGACUUUUGGUUCCCAUUCGAAGGCAGGAUUCGGUCGUUCAGGUCCUCCUGAAGGGUCUGGCUCUGACAAUGCAGGCAAGGGUAAAGGAGGUUCGACUAAUCCGUUCCUAUCGGAUUACUUCCCCAAGCUUAGCUCUAGUCAAUGUCCAUCACCUCUCAAUACUGUCAAGCCAAAAAAUCCUUUUUUAUUGGAUUUCGAUCCACCUUGUCAACGUGCUGCUACCGAAUGCUGUGAAAGAGAGGACUCCGGUCGACUAAAUCCUUUUUUCAAUGGUCAGCGAAGGAAUUUGGUCACUUCGCCCUACUCCGGGCAUGUUUUUCGGACGUACAAAGGUAGAUGCUUUCAACCAACCUCAGAAUCUGGUCAUGGAUUCUCAAAUCAAAACAAGGAGGAUGGAAGGUUUAAUGCGAUUGGGGAAGUGUCUCCAUCUUGCAAUGGCACUAAUGCUGCAGAAACAUCGACCAGACCUAACUCGGAACAAGAUUGUAAGGAUCGAAGUUAUGCCAGCAGUGAUGACACGUCUCAGUUUUGGAGGAACAAUCCUGGAUGCAAUGUCUCGGGGCCGCGUGCGCCUUUUAAUCGCAAGUAUCCAUUUAGAAGUUACGGUAAUAAUUGUAAUAAUUCGAAAAUGAAUGGAAGCAAACGACAAAAGCCUUUCAACGGUUCUUCUCGACGAGGUAGAUCUUUCAACUUUGGUAAAGGCGGAUGGAAUCCAAGUGACAUUGCAGAUGCGGUUGAAAAACUGGCUUUAGACUUUUCUUGA